AUGGGGGAUCACUUUGAGUUACUGGUCGAUCGAUUGCUUACUGAAUCCACAUUAGAAGCUGCACUUGAAAGCAGGAAUAAGGCUAUGUUGGCUGCAUCCUCAGCAGUGAAUGGUGCGAAUAUUGAUCUCAAUUUUAUGAAAGUUGGUGUGGAUGAUAUAAAAUUUCCAGGGAAGCUUGUAGAAUGCAGGAUAUGUCAUGAUGAUGAUGAAGAUACCAAUAUGGAGACACCCUGCUCCUGUCGUGGUAGUUUGAAGUACGCUCACCGCAGAUGUAUACAACGAUGGUGUAAUGAGAAGGGUGACACAACCUGUGAGAUAUGCCACCAGCAAUUCAAGCCUGGUUAUACUGCUCCUCCACCCCUAUUUCAGUUUGGACGUAUUCCAAUGAGUUUCAGGGGGAAUUGGGAGAUUUCAAGAAGAGACUUGAAUAGUACACAUUUGGUUAGCAUGGUCCCCACUGAUCAAAACGUUACCACUUCUAACUACGAUCAGUAUUCAGCCUCUGCUACAGGAAGUUUGAUUUGCUGUCGUUCAAUUGCUGUUAUUUUCAUGGUUCUUCUGAUUUUGAGACACACACUUCCCCUUGUAAUUAAUGGAAAUAAGGAGUAUUCUUUCCCACUCUUUUUGCUGUUGUUAUUUCGGACUGUGGGAGUUGUUCUUCCCAUAUACUUCAUGGUUAGAGCAGUGGCAUUAAUCCAGCGCCAUCGGAGACAGCAUCGACAUCUAUUAACAUAUAAUGAAGUCUCUUAUUUUUUGCUUGUUGUAACUGUUAGGAGCAUCUUAAUUCCUUGGCCAGUUCAUCGGACGAUGAAAGCGAACAAGCAGAUUUGCAGCCUCAGCCUCAUGUCAUACAUGUACUGUAAAAAUAAUACCCUAGCCAUUAGCCACUUGAAGUAA